AUGACCAAGCGGAAGAGAGCUCAAAAAGACGCGUCAAGCGGUAAAAAUGCCAAGGGGCAGCCUGCACCGCAUCCACUGCAUCGCGACCUUCUCAACUUCUUCUAUCCCCAUUGCAUAUCGCUCCGAGAAUAUGCUCUUGCGAGUCUACCGCAAACUUCACGGCUACGUCGACGCAAGAUAAAAUCACUCGGGACAAUCCCCGAGCGCUUCGAACUUGAAAAGGACCUAUGCUGCCUACUCGACUCCACGCUUGUCUGCUACCACCAGCUGACACCCGACGUAGCGGACAACAGAUGGGAGCAAUGGCUAUCUUUUUCACAGAGGGGCGAAGACUCGAGCGUUUCACUCACCGGAGGCUCGCCAAUAUAUUCCCAGUCCGAGAUUGUCGACUUUGUCAUCUGGCUGAUCUUUUCGCGGGACAACAACGGCUUCUUUGGCCCCAAGCAUCUGCUAUGUGACGGAUACCGGAGGAGAGCCACCGAAAAGGCAGAACCAGAAAGGAUUCCCGGCGUCUUCAGCCGGUACCCAAACGAUCAGGUCGCGAGUCUCAAGGCAGGCCCGUGGCCGCAGUUGUUGAACCUGCUGGGUCGGUCUGGGGAGAGGAUCAUGAUCAACAUGCUUGUUGAUUGCUCAAUAUUUGUGGCUAUGGAGUCGGGGUUAAACAACUUUUACCAGAUCUCCGAGCUUGAACAUGGAUUGGAGAUGAAAAAGGGUCCCGAAAAGGGGAUUUGUGCGCGGAAGCUAUCCGAAAUCUCUCUGGUGAGAAGCAGAGUGUUUUAUGCGCGGCCCCCGAUGACGUCCAGAGGGCACAUAGAGGCGGGAUACAGACAUAUACGUGAGUACCAGCACCUCGGCAGCUGGUCCGCUCAUCAAAUAUUGACGACCCUAGAUGCUUUAAAUCGAUAUAAUUAUAUACCCGAACAUGAAAGUACCGAGUCAAUCGUCACUCAAAAAAACACGCUCAACACAGCCAAGGUCAUGAUGUACGUCUUCCCACGACAAUUUGGCCUCCACAACGUCUUCACCUCCACAGUCGACUCAAAGACGACGGUACAGAAACUCCAGGACUACACCGUGAGAGACGACGAAAUUGCACAGCACAUGCGCUCUGAUAAGAACUUCCUCACGCAAGGGGUGCCCAAAAUUCCCAAGCGCCUACGGGGCGCAGCCCGAGAUCUCGUCCGUCGACUGCAGAUUCUCCAUCGCCGGUGCUCCUACAUUGCGCUUAUCCGGCACUAUUGCGCGUCUCCUCUAGAUCCCCUGCGGGAAAGGACGCAAAAGAACAACGAGCCCACCUCCACGUCCAAGACUGCCCCGAGUCAGGCCGCCGACGGAAAGUCGAGCAAGCAAGCUACUCCCUCGCAGACGCAGCGACGUACGCAGGACUCCCGUGUCUUCCAACUAGACCCUUCUGUCCCGAUCGUGGACUUGGCGACGCCGGUCAGUCACGUUUCGGUCUUUCUUCAAGCAGUCCUGUCCAAGAUUCUCCCCGGCGCGUUUCUAGGCGAAGGCGAUGAUCUCCGCCACAACCAGGCACUGCUCGCCAAAAAGGCGCAUCACUUUGUCACACUACGGAGGUUUGAAAGCAUGAGUCUGCACGAGCUGUCACAGGGCUUCAAAAUUUCUAGUUUGGCUUGGCUCCAGCUGCCUGGCCGCGGCGACCAGAAACCGAGCCAAAACGAGACCUUUAAGCAGCUCGAACUCUUCCACGAGCUUUUGUACUACAUUUUCGACUCUCUUCUCAUUCCCCUGAUGCGCAACACCUUUUACGUGACCGAGUCCAACACCCACCGGUACCAAGUCUUUUACUUUCGGCACGAUGUCUGGAAACUCGUCUCCGAGCGCGCGCUGAGGGCCAUGAAAGACGGCAUGCUCGAGGAGCUCAAAGUAGGCGACGUCCAGCGCGCCGUGGAGUCCCGGCGGCUGGGAUUCAGCCAGAUCCGCCUGCUGCCAAAAGGCACCACCCUGCGUCCCAUCAUGAACCUUCGCCGGCGAUAUCCCCUGAAGCAAAACAAGAAGAUGCUCGGCCCUAGCAUCAAUACUGUCUUGGCUCCCAUUCACAACGUGUUGAAGCUCGAAAAGCGUCUCAACCCAUCGAAACUUGGUGCGACCCUCUUCUCUGUGGGAGACAUAUACAAUCGGCUCAAGGAGUUUCGCCGCAAACUGCCUGAUCCGCUCCCGCGGCUGUACUUUGUCAAGGCCGAUGUCCAAUCCGCCUUUGACACGAUCCCCCAGGAGGCUGUCCUCAAGCUGAUGGCGGCCAUCCCUAGCCACGAACACUACAAAAUCUUCAAGCACGCCGAGGUAAAGCCGGGGGAAAGACCCCCUACUAACACUUGCACAACCGCCCCCGACGGCGCCAGCACGUCACAUGCCCAAGCACCGUCCAGACCCAUCCGCCGCUGGCACUCGACCGCGCAUCCAGGCGACGAGUCAGGCCGCUUCCACCAGCGCCUCGACGGCCAGUCCUCCACCAGCGGCAUCGCGGCGCAGCAGCCGCAGCGCAAAAACACGGUCUUUGUCAACAGCGCCGUGCAAAGCGACCACGACACGCGCGGCCUGCUGCGGUUGCUCGCCGAGCACGUCGCGGACAACCGGAUCCGGGUGGGCAAGAAGACGUACCGGCAGCGGCGGGGCAUCCCCCAGGGCUCGGUGCUGUCGUCGUACCUGUGCAACUACUUUUACGCUGACCUCGAGGCGCGGCACCUGCGCUUCCUCGACGACAGCGGCAGCCACCGCAGCGUGCUCCUGCGGCUCGUCGACGACUUCUUGCUCGUCACCACGGACAGGGCCCGCGCGCGGCGCUUCGCCGCCGUGCUGCACCGCGGCGUGCCCGAGUACGGCGUGCACGUCAGCCCGCACAAGUCGCUCGCCAACUUUGCCCUGUCCGUGCCGCCCGCCGGCGGCGGCGAUGACGGACCCCCCGUGCCCAUCGCCACGGUCCACAGCACCGCCGACUUUCCGUACUGCGGCGUGCGCAUCAGCUGCCGCACGCUGGAGAUUAAAAAGGACUGCCAACGCGAGCAGCAGACUGACGUGGCCAAUACCCUGACGGUUGAGCACAGCCGCGUACCCGGCCAGAAUUUCCAACGAAAAGUCCUUCGUGAUGCCAUUCCCUCUAUUUCUCCCAAAAAAAACACAACAUGGAGCCCUGUCCCUUCAUUCGCUUACCGCCCCGGGGCUGCAACAGAUGCUUUCAAGAUCCAGUCGCACCUCAUGUUCUACGACACGAGCCACAACUCGCCCGCGACGGUGCUCGACACGCUGCGGGCCGCCUUUCGGCAGACGGCUCUCAAGAUGUGGGCUUACAUGCGGGCGCUUCAUCGAACCGCCCGGCCGCGGCCUGGCCUAGUCAAACUCACCAUAACGAGGACGGUGGAAGCCUCGUACCUAAUUAUAACUAGUAGGUUUCGCAAGCUCAAAUACCAGGGAUACGAGUGCUCCGUUCGCAAGACCCAGGUUACUCGGUGA